AUGUUAGCUACUAUGUCCCCCGUUGUCAUUGUUGGUACGGGUCUUGCUGGCCUUGCCACAGGUAAUCAAUUAGUCAACAAAUACAAGAUCCCAGUCAUCCUCUUGGAUAAGGCAUCCUCCAUUGGUGGGAACUCUAUUAAAGCCUCCAGUGGGAUUAAUGGUGCAAUGACAACUACUCAAAAUGCAUUAAAUGUUAAGGAUACCCCUGAACUAUUCUUUAACGAUACACUCAAAUCAGCAAAAGCUAGAGGGUCUCAAUUGUUAAUGACUAAAUUAUCCAACGAUUCUAAAUUGGCUAUCCAAUGGUUACAAUCUGAAUUUAAUAUUAAACUAGAUCUAUUGGCUCAAUUGGGUGGUCAUUCUGUGCCAAGAACUCAUAGAUCAAGUGGCAAAUUACCUCCAGGAUUCGAAAUCGUUCAAGCUCUUUCUAAUAAUUUGAAAACUCUCUCCGAAUCAAAACCUGAUUUAGUAAAGAUUCUAUUAAAUUCAAAAGUUGUAGAUUUGAAUUUAAAUAACGAUAGUGCCAUUACUGGAAUUCAAUAUAUGAAUGAAGAAAAUGAAACAAUUACUAUUCAGACUAAGCACGUUGUAUUUUGUUCAGGUGGCUUUUCAUUUUCUCGUGAAAUGCUAAAAGAAUUUGCUCCUCAAUUAAUGGAUUUACCUACGACAAAUGGUUCACAAACUACUGGUGAUGGUCAAAAAUUAUUAUCUAAAUUAGGGGCUAAUAUGAUUGAUAUGGAUCAAGUUCAAGUACAUCCAACUGGGUUUAUUGAUCCAAAUGAUCGUCAAAGCCAUUGGAAAUUCUUAGCAGCAGAAGCAUUGAGAGGGCUGGGUGGGAUUUUAAUAGCUCCAAACACGGGGAAAAGAUUUGUCAAUGAAUUAGAUACUAGAGAUAAUGUUACUGCUGCUAUGAAUAAAACUUGUCCAAAGGAUGAUGUUAGAGCAUUGAUUGUAAUGAGUGAAAAUGUUUAUCAAGCUUAUAAAAAUAAUAUGGAUUUCUAUUUAUUCAAAAAAUUAAUUAAAAAAUCAACAAUUAAAGAUUUGGUUGACCAAUAUAAUUUACCAGUUACAGUAGAUGAAUUCUCUAACGAAUUGAUUGAUUAUUCUAAUGAAUCAACUAAGGAUACUUUCAACAGGGCCCAUAUCAUCAAUAAUUUCGGCUCAUCCGUCAAUUCAGAUACACCCAUUUAUGUUGGUGAAGUGACCCCAGUUGUGCAUUUCACAAUGGGUGGUGCAAAGAUUAACAAUAAAGCUGAAGUUUUGGAUAAGAAUGAUAAAGUUUUAUCAAAGGGUCUUUAUGCUGCUGGGGAAGUCUCAGGAGGGGUUCAUGGGUCUAAUAGAUUAGGUGGAUCAAGUUUAUUAGAAUGUGUUGUGUUCGGUAGAACCGCCGCUGAUUCCAUUUCUGAAGAUUUCAAUUAA